UCAGACACCGCUUUUGUGCGCCGGCAAGUGCGCCGGUGUUGUAAUGGAGGAGACCCGAACUUAACCAAUGUGAGCUAUGACAGCUCGGCACGUGACGCAGAGUGAGUUGCUACUGUGGCUGGACGAGAACACAUCGACAUUUAGCAACAAAAACAAUCGCACUUUUCAGACUGCGGAAGCCACUCACCGAGCGAUGGCCUCACCCGUCUCUGAGUACCACUCCAGCUCUCUGGACUCUCGCAUCGCUAGUACUGGCAGAAAUUUGCUAAAGAUGGAGUUGUUGGCGGAUGUCUCUCUACUUCCAGGAGAAGAUCGAAUUACAGAUCAGGAGAUCAUUUACAUGUGUCCAUUCAAUGGAGCUGUUAAAGGGAAAGUGUUGAUCACCAACUACAGACUGUACUUCAAGAGCUCAGAUGCUGACGUGCCGCUGGCCCUGGACGUUCCUCUGGGCGUCAUAAGUCGAGUGGAGAAGAUGGGUGGAGCGUCGAGCCGUGGAGAAAACUCGUAUGGAUUGGAUAUCACAUGCAAGGACAUGAGGAAUCUGAGGUUCGCUCUGAAGCAGGAAGGCCACAGCAGGAGAGGGAUCUUUGAGAUGAUCUUCAGAUACGCCUUCCCUCUUUCACAUAGUUUGCCUCUUUUUGCUUAUGUGAAUCAGGAAAAGUACACCGACAAUGGCUGGUUGGUCUAUAAAGCUAUGGAGGAGUUUAGGCGACAGGGCUUGCCAAACAACAAAUGGCGUAUUACAUUCAUCAAUAAGAGUUAUGAUCUGUGUGACACAUACCCAACUGUCCUCGCAGUCCCUUUUAAAUGUAAAGAAGAUGACCUGAGAAGAGUGGCCACCUUCCGGUCAAGAGGACGCAUACCGGUUUUGUCGUGGAUCCACCGGGAAAAUCAGGCAGUGAUUGUUCGCUGCAGUCAGCCCCUCGUUGGAAUGUCUGGUAAAAGAAAUAAAGACGACGAGCGAUACCUGGACCUCAUCAGAGAGGCAAACGACACCACCAAAAAACUCACCAUUUACGACGCCCGGCCCAACGUCAACGCGGUCGCAAACAAGGCCACUGGAGGGGGCUAUGAAGGGGACGAGUACCUAAACGCUGAGCUAGUCUUCCUGGACAUCCAGAAUAUUCACGUCAUGAGGGAGUCCCUCAAGAAACUCAAAGAUAUCGUCUACCCAAAUGUGGAGGAAUCCCACUGGCUGUCCAGUCUAGAGUCUACACACUGGUUAGAACAUAUUAAGCUGGUGUUGUCGGGAGCCAUCCAAGUGGCAGACAAGGUUUCCAGUGGGAAUUCUGUUCUGGUUCAUUGCAGUGAUGGCUGGGACCGGACAGCACAGCUUACCUCACUGGCCAUGCUGAUGCUGGACAGCCACUAUCGCACACUAAGGGGCUUCCAGGUCCUGAUUGAAAAGGAAUGGAUCAGCUUUGGUCACAAAUUUGCAUCGCGGAUCGGCCACGGUGACAAAAACCACGCAGACCAGGACAGAUCGCCAAUAUUUGUUCAAUUCAUUGAUUGUGUGUGGCAGAUGACCAAACAGUUUCCUACAGCCUUUGAGUUCAAUGAGCAUCUCCUGCUCACAAUCUUGGAUCAUCUCGACAGCUGUCGCUUUGGGACUUUCCUCUACAACUGUGAGAGUAUACGAGACCAGCAGGAGCUGCGAUCGAAGACGGUGUCUCUCUGGUCUCUGGUCAACAGCAAGAUGGAUAUUUAUUUGAACCCGUUCUACACCCCCGAGUCUGGACAAGUUCUCUACCCCGUGGCAAGCAUGCGCCACCUAGAGCUGUGGGUAACCUACUACAUCCGUUGGAACCCACGUAUACGACACCAGCAGCAGAGUCCAGUGGAGCAGCGCUACAAGGAGCUUUUGGCCCUCAGAGAAGAAUACUUAAAGAAACUGGAGCAGCUUCAGUUAUCCGAUUCUUCCUCUCCCUACCAGCUGGCUAACAGCACCACGCCAAACACCACCUCGUCUACAGCCUCCACACCUUCACAGCAGUACACACACCUACAGACUCCGUUUUAAAGCUCGUCCUUCACAGAUGAGAGGCAGAACCUCUUUUGGAUUGCACUGUUCAUGUCCUCUUUUAUCUGCGGUCUUUUUGGUCACACACACAUGCGCACACACUGCACAGGGAGGGGCUUGAUGUGGUUUUGAAAACUUUAAUUUGUACCCAAUAGAAAAGUUGACAAGUUGGUGAAUUAUGCAAUAGCUCUUUAGCGUUUUACCUGAACAUUUUAAACACGCAUCAUACACAGCAAAGCUUUGAAGAAUUUCAAUGCUUGAAGCUUAAGGGCUCCAGAGGACAGGAUGCACACACGGCCACUGCAGGUCGUGUUUUCUAUAGUUUAUUUAAUAGAAACCACCGUUUAACAUUGAGUUCAUCAGAAGUUUGAAUAAUAUAUUAACUAAGGGAGACUAAGGUGUUUUUUUGUUUUUUAUUUUAUUUUUUGUUUUUUUUUGAAGAGGACAAGAGAACAGGCAAUUUAGGAAAAUGACCAUUUGGUACCUUGAGUGUUCUCAGGCCAGUUACCGACAAAGACAAUUCAAACUCGGCCUGUCCAGAAAAAAUCACUUUCACUUCUACACUCACUUCUCCACCUCAGGCGAACGCAGAAUCAGAAAUUACGCCGACGGUAAGACGCCCAAUCACUUGGCAGCUGUUUGCUUCUACUGAAAGGGGAUUGAUGUGCUUCAUCUGUAGGGAUGUUUGAGCUUCCAUUCGGUGAGUCAAACGUAUAGAUGUGAGGUUUCCAUGAUCGACUGCUGACCGCUGCACAGGUGACAAGUUUUGUUUUAGUCUUGAAAGACUCUGCCUGGGUCACUGUAGGACUUGAGGUCGUGAUUGCAGUCAAAUAUGCUUCGGAAAGUUUUUUUUUUUUUUUUUUUUAAUUGAAAUUGCAAAAGUUGUAUGUAGAUUUCUGUAAAAUUAACUGAAUAUCUUUUCAGUAAGUGUAACAUUACUAAAUGUGGAUAAAUUGUGCUGUAAAGACCUCAGGCGCUGCAUCUAUCCCUGCUCUGAUCCUGCAGUGGAAUGCAUUAAAGCAGCUUAGUCUGCAAAUUUUUCACAUGAAGACGAAUGAAAACUUGGCAACAGAUUUAUUAUGAAGUCAGCUAUUCCUGUGAGGUUGAUGCUGUCAGGAACUUUUUGCGAUUCUUUUCCGGUGUUGAUCAGAGACGAGCGGUCAUGGAGGAACUGUGUGCCUCUCUCCUCUCUGUAAUAAUGACAGUUCAGUGGAACGUACUGAUAUGUUGGAUUAAAGGUAAAAACAAGUGCGGGAAAAGAUGUAUUUGCAGUUGAUGCCUACAACCAGUAAGCCACAAAAGUAACUAUAGAUGAGUUUCUGAAAAACCAUUUUGACAGCAGUUUUAGUAUUGUUGAAUGAAAAUGAUAAAACUUUAGAAUUGAAAGGGAGGGGCGGGAGGAACAACAAAGCAAAACCACACUUGGAAUAAUGAACACUACCCUACAACUUGUAAGCUAAGUUUGAUUUUCUGCCAUGAGUCCAGCUGCUGGUGCAGUCCAUGUGAGUCCUUUGAAGAGUUGUUCCACUCAUGUAUCAGAUGAAAUUUAAAGCAGAAACUGGCAAAUGACAAUAUUCAAAAAAACUGUUGUGAAUGUAUUUUAGUAUUAUCAGAGCAAAAUGAAUCUCACAGGGAUGAAGUUAGAACUCUGGCUGUGGCGAGAAAACUGUUCAGUUAACUUGAUGCGUUUUUGUCAGCCACAGCAUGUUGUUUACCUCGAGGUUAAACUCCCUCAUACUUCUUUCACUUCCUGUGGUUCAAGUGACUGGAUGUUUAAAUUUAUCAGACUUGAAAUGAGUCCAGAAGGUUAAAAUUUCUGAUUUUAAAAACGGACCCCAGUGUAGGCAUGUCAAUCUGCUAAUGCUAACAGUUUUUAAAAUGUGCCUCAGAUCAGGAGCCACAUGGUGCCUUGUUCCUGCCACAGAUCGAGACUGAAGGCAUGCAGAGGAAAAGAAAGAUGAUAUAGUCAUAUGUUGGGAGUUGAUAUUGUGGGUACUAAACCGAUGCUUUUUCUUUAGGCUUGAGAAAGUUUAAAAAAAAAAAAUUCUAAAAUCGGCUCUUGAGUGAGUGAUAUUUUAGACCAUGUCAUAAAUGAUCAGUUAUGUUCUUGACUGUUAAAUUCAACGCUCUGACAGUCUUUAAUUCUAAAAUUCAGUGAUCAUUACGUCAGAUUUAUUUUGAGCACUUCUGAGACCGCGCUUUUGCAAAUAAGUAAAACAAAAAGUGCCUUGUUUUAUUAGCGCUUCCUCUUUUUAAUUUAAACCUGGCCACAUUUCCUUUUCCCCUCUCAGAACCAGAAACCCUCUU